UGGAGGGCCUUUACUAAAUCAAUGUACUGCUCCUAUGUACAAAGAGAUGAGAUAUCGUGGAUUCAGAUUCACAACGUCAAAACCGAACAAUUGUUGUGUAACAAAUGAUGACAGAAUUAUGCUAAUAGAAAAUAUUUGCAAACGAAAUAAUUUAGUAGUUGCAAUUAUUAAACAAUUAAAAUUCGUUCAAACAUUUUUUAAUUCUCCAGCACCUUCAACAUGUUUUGGAAUUGGAGAAUACACUGGAGAUUCUUCUCGAUUGAAAGUAAUUGAAAUUUCAUGCAUUGUCAACAAAGCUGUUGUGUUCCCUAUUACUAUAGAACAUGAAAAUUCAAAUUCUAAAAAUAAUGUAUUGAUUCUUCCACUCUUACUGGCUCAUAAAUUUAAUGAGUAUCAGUACAUUUUCAGUCGCGUAAAAAAAUACGUACGUGCCUACAAUAUAAUAUUUAUUCUACAGAAAAAUAAUAAACCAAAAUGGCUAGCAAGUAUUCUAUUAUACAUUUUUUGGACGAAGAAACAGUAGAAAUCGUGCCUGUUUCUUGGAUAAAAGAAAAAGCCGACGGCAAGACUGAAUGCUAUUGGCCACCGACUAACUUCCCAGCAAAGCUCAUUAUGCGCGCAGCGUGUCCAGAUGAGAAAUAUUCUCUUCAUGCAUGCAGAGUUAUGCAAACAUAUGAUGAUUAUGCAACAGCCAGGAUGUAUCUUCCAAAAGCUGAAUUUUAUUCGGACAUUGAAUACAAAAGCCAAAAUGAAUCGUUGGGUAAACGCAAAAGAAAACCCAAUAAAAUACAGUUUAGUUCAUCAUCUGAAGAAGAGGAAGAGAGUGAAGAAGAAGAGGGAGAGAAGGAAAAGGAGUCACAAGUUAAAAAAAUGAAAGUAAUAGCGAAAAAAUGUACGAUUCCGGAAAGUCUUUCUCGUAAAGCAUCAAAUUUCGAGAGGUCAAAAGAAAUUUUCAAAAACUGUUCAGCGGCACAAAAAGAAGUUGUUUCAACGUUAUCAACUUCAACACCGCCAAAAAAUAUCGUCUCCAAGUCGUCAGAUUCAUCACUGCCAAAAACAGUUAUGUCCAGGCUAUCAAGUUCAUCACCACCACAAAAAUUCGUUUCUAGAUCAUCAUUGAUUUCGUCUAACGAAGAAGAAAUGUCAUCUAACAUGUGCCUUCAAUUAAGUAAUAAUUUGAAAGCACCAAGUCUGGUGAAAACACCUCUUGCAAGAAACUCUCCAGCCCAAAUUAAAAAUGAUUUGCUAAAUAUGAAAAACAACAUACAGUAG